CCGAGCACAGCCCAGCCGAGCACAGCCCGCACACGAGCCCCGCACACGGCCAUGCUGCUGCUGCCCUGCGCCCUCCUGGCCCUGCUGGCCGCCGGCCGCGCCGCCAACCCCUGCUGCUCCAACCCCUGCCAGAACAGAGGGGUCUGCAUGACCACCGGACCCGAUCGCUACCAGUGCGACUGCACGAGGACGGGCUUCUACGGGGAGAACUGCAGCACGCCGGAAUUCUUCACGUGGCUCAAGCUAACACUGAAACCAUCACCAAACACUGUCCACUACAUCCUCACGCACUUCCAAGGAGUCUGGAACAUCAUCAACAACAUUCCCUUCCUGCGGGAUGCUAUUAUGAGAUACGUGCUAAUGUCAAGGUCACACUUGAUUGACAGCCCGCCAACUUACAAUACCGAUUAUAGUUAUAAAAGCUGGGAAGCUUAUUCCAAUCUUUCCUACUACACAAGAUCCCUUCCACCUGUAGGGCUUGACUGUCCAACGCCGAUGGGUGUUAAAGGCAAGAAGGAGCUCCCAGACUCGAAGCUGAUCGUGGAGAAGUUUUUGCUAAGGAGAAAGUUCAUUCCUGACCCACAAGGCACAAAUGUGAUGUUCACAUUCUUUGCCCAGCACUUCACUCACCAGUUCUUCAAGACGGACCACAAGAAGGGACCCGGCUUCACCAAGGGCCUCGGCCACGGGGUUGACUUGAACCACAUUUAUGGAGAGACUCUGGAGAGGCAACUUAAACUGAGACUCCGAAAGGAUGGAAAGCUAAAAUACCAGAUGAUCGAUGGAGAAAUGUACCCCCCGACGGUGAAGGACACCCAGGCAGAGAUGCUGUACCCGCCCCACGUGCCCGAGCAGCUGCGGUUCUCGGUGGGGCAGGAGGUGUUCGGGCUGGUGCCGGGCCUGAUGAUGUACGCCACGAUCUGGCUGCGGGAGCACAACCGCGUCUGUGACGUCCUCAAGCGCGAGCACCCCGAGUGGGACGACGAGCAGCUCUUCCAGACCGCGAGGCUCAUAUUGAUCGGAGAGACAAUCAAGAUUGUCAUUGAGGACUAUGUGCAGCACUUGAGCGGGUACCACUUCAAGCUCAAGUUUGACCCCGAGCUGCUGUUCAACCAGCGGUUCCAGUACCAGAACCGGAUCGCGGCCGAAUUCAACACCCUGUACCACUGGCACCCGCUGCUGCCCGACACCUUCCAGAUCCAUGACCAGGAGUACACCUUCCAGCAGUUCCUCUACAACAACUCCAUCAUGCUGGAGCAUGGCCUUUCCCACAUGGUGAAAUCCUUCUCCAAGCAAAGUGCUGGCAGGGUUGCUGGUGGGAAGAACGUUCCUGCUGCAGUACAGAAAGUGGCCAAGGCUUCGAUUGACCAAAGCAGGCAAAUGAGAUACCAGUCCUUGAACGAGUACAGGAAACGCUUCAUGCUGAAACCAUUCAGAUCCUUUGAAGAGCUUACAGGAGAAAAGGAAAUGGCAGCUGAGCUGGAGGAGCUGUAUGGAGACAUCGAUGCCAUGGAGCUGUACCCAGGCCUUCUGGUGGAAAAGCCACGCCCAGGUGCCAUCUUUGGAGAAACCAUGGUGGAGAUGGGAGCCCCGUUCUCCCUGAAGGGACUGAUGGGCAAUGCCAUCUGCUCCCCCGAGUACUGGAAGCCCAGCACCUUCGGCGGCAAAGUGGGCUUUGACAUCAUCAACACCGCCUCCUUGCAGAAGCUCAUCUGCGACAACGUCAAGGGCUGCCCUUUCACUGCCUUCCACAUCCUCAGUCCUGAACCCACAGAGGCGACCAUUAACGUUAGUACCUCAAAAACAGCCAUGGAAGAUAUCAACCCCACACUACUGCUGAAAGAGCGCUCUGCUGAGUUGUAGAAAUCCACCUAUUUAUUUAUUUAACUGUGUUAUUUAUUCUAUUUAUGGCUUAGUAUUUAAAAACUAG